AUGACCACAAUGUGGUCACGCUGUGCUGGUUUUGACCGGCUGCAAGCGAACAAAAUUGUAAAAUGUUGUGCUAGCACUGAUGAUAUAUUUUUGGCUCUUGUGUUUAACCCCGAUUAUCGUUGCUUCUCUGACGAUAAAGCUUUUGGGCCUCUGAUUUCUCAACUGAAAGCUCUUGAAGAAAAUGGAAUUAUUGUUGAGACUCCUGAUGGUCCAAAAAAGGUGUUCUUUGUUAGUAGCCUUUUGUUGGGAGAUAACAUGGGUUUGAACUCAGUUGGCGGUUUUGCUGAAUCUUUUUCAGCGGGUUAUUAUUGUCGCUUUUGCAAAACUCACAAAACUGUUGCUAAUACACAGUCUGUUGAAAAUGCAGAGUCCUUGAGAACCAAAGAAAAUUAUGAAGAAGAUUUAGCUGUUAACAAUGUUGAACUAACAGGAGUUAAGAAAAAUUGUGCUUUGAACAGUUUACCUUCUUUCCACAUUACGGAGAAUUAUUCGGUGGAUAUUUUCCAUGAUUUUAAUGAAGGAAUUUGCCACUACGUAUUGAUUCAUGUAUUGAAACACUGUACUAAAGCUCCCUAUCCAGGUGGUGAUCCAAGGUAUUUUUCUCUGGGCCUAUUGAACCAUAGAAUGGAGUUUUUUAAAUUUGGACCUUGUGACUCAAAUAAGUUUCCCCUGUUGUCUGAUGAAACUUGUAAACGCAAAAAACUAAAAAUGUCAGGCUCUGAAACUCUUCUAUUUGUUAAAAUGUUUGGCAUUUUAAUUGGGGACAAGGUUCCACAUGAAGAUGAAUUUUGGAAAUUGUACUUAAAACUGCGCGAAUUGUUGGAUAUUGUUUUGUCUCCAAGUUUGUCUUGUCACCAGUCAGCCUCAUUUAAGGUUCUUGUAGAAGAAUUCAAUACUAUGUAUACAGAGGUAACUAAUGACACUUUAAAAUCAAAAUUUCACAAUUUGGUUCAUUAUCCUAGGAUUUUAGAUGAAAGUGGACCAGUUUCUUUAACCUCAACAAAACACUUUGAAAGAAAACACCGGUCACUCACCAUUCCAGCACAUGCUACUCAAUCCCGAAGAUAUAUUGAGAAGACAGUUGCUGUUUCUCACCAACUUACUUGGUGCCACAAGUUAAAAUCCAGAAAAUUUCUUUUACCUGAAACAAUAUAUGGGCCUUGUUCUGAAGUGUUCUUGAAAGACUUUCAAAACAAACAUUUUGUUGAUCCUCUCCCAAAUUGUUAUUUCUCUCAAUCUUGUUUGGAGUGUAACUGGGUAGAGUAUAAAAGGUUUAAGUACAAACCUGGAAUGGUCCUUAUCUUGGAUGGUUUUGAUGAACACCUCCAUGCUUAUGAGGUGGAGAGCACUGAUAAUUAUGGACAUGUUUCCCCCUCUAAAAUUUUGGAACCUUUGCCAUUGAGCAUUCACUUUUCUGUUGACUGUAAAAAGUAUGUAGUUUUAAGACAUGCUCUUUGA